UGUACUUAGAUUAUAAACCAGCUCUAAUUAUAACUCCAUUAAUUUGUAUUUAUUGCAUCACCCUUAUGUAACUAUGUUUAAUUUUAGAAAAAAAAUAAAAGAAAAAAUAUAAAGUCGAUCUGGAUUAUAGUCGAUCCCUGCCCAGAAUACCAUUUACCAAAUCCCUACAAAGUAUUAAUUCCCGCUUUCAGAGAAAUAUCAUUUCCGCCUUUGUUCUUCGAUUCUCCGAUCUGAUUUCUCCAAAGGUUAUAAUGGGCGACGUACAAACUACCACAUCGAGCACCGAUAAUUCGAGCGAAAAAGUGAACACACGUCCUAGUUUUGUCUCGUUCUUUCAGAAGAAAGUGCUUGAGUCUCUCGAGUAUCUUUAUAAACAAUCGAUGACCGAAGACCGUGUGGCAGCGUUGGAGUCGGAUCUCCUUACCGUGAGCCGCGACAAAGAAAAUUCAUUCUUGAGUUUAGAGAGUCAAUUAUGUGCCUGGAAAGACAAUCCAGCGUGGGUGGAUCGACCUGCAGAUAUAAAGGUGACCAUACCUAAAGGUACUCUUUCCAAACUAAGUUUGAGUGUUGAUGUUGGUUUGCCGCCAGAUGCAGUGUACAACAUCGUGACGGACCCUGAUAAUAAGAGAGUUUUCAAAAACAUUAAGGAAGUAAUAUCAAGAAAGGUAAUAGUCGACGAAGGAUCAAGGCAGGUAGUAGAACUGGAGCAAGCUGCAAUGUGGAGAUUCCUUUUGUGGUCCGGAACAAUCUCGGUCAACGUUUUAGUUGACCAGAACAGAGAUGAUUAUACAAUGAAGUUCAAGCAAAUAAAGUCGGGGUUCAUGGAAAAAUUCGAAGGAAGCUGGAAAAUGGAGCCGUUAUUUGUAGAUGAAGAGAUGUGCGGUGCAAUAAAACCAAAGUCGCUAAAGGAGUACGUUUCUUGCACUAACGGUAAGGGAAGAAUUGGUUCGAAGUUGAGGUUAGAGCAACUGAUACAACCAGCCAUUGUUGUACCUCCCCCGAUUUCAUGGUACCUCAGAGGAAUUACUACAAAGACCACUGAGAUGUUGAUUAAUGACUUGCUCGCUGAAACUGCCAGAAUCAGGAAAUAUUCCGGCGGUGGAGGAAGGACUGAUGUUAUCUCCGGCGAAGAAGAAGAAGAAGGUGAUGCAUAUAAUAUUAAAGAGAGAUGGGCUGUUAGAAGGAGAAAUAAUCCGAGGCAUUCUCAUAAAAGGUUGGCAUAUGUGUAAGUAUUUUGCGCUUUUUUUUAAUCCAUCAAAUAUUUAUUGAUGGUGAAUUCAAAUGCUGCUGUAAUAAUUUUAUUUUAUUUAAUAAAAUAAUAUUUUUAAA